CGGCAGCGGCAGAAGCACAGUUCAGUUCAGCGCAGGCGGCAGCAAGCGGCAGGCUCCCUCGCGUUUACCUUUAUUUCGUUUUCUAAAUAGUCCCUUUUCAGCUUCGCGAUACCGCCCCCAAUUUCAGCGUCGGUACGGAGCCGUCAGGCCGGGACAGAGACGGAGAGAGAGGCCUCGGCCAUGGAAGCCCUCGGACCUGGGCCGCCCGCCCCGACCUCUCUGUUCCAGCCUCCUCGACGUCCCGGCCUGGGCACGGUGGGAAAACCCAUCCGGCUCCUUGCAAACCACUUCCAGGUCCAGAUCCCAAAGAUCGACGUGUACCACUAUGACAUUGACAUCAAACCUGAGAAGCGCCCGAGGAGGGUCAACAGGGAGGUGGUGGACACGAUGGUGCGUCAUUUUAAGAUGCAGAUCUUUGGGGAUCGACAGCCAGGAUACGACGGGAAGAGGAACAUGUACACAGCCCACCCUCUGCCCAUCGGACGAGACCGGGUCGACUUGGAGGUGACCCUUCCUGGAGAGGGAAAGGACCAGACGUUUAAAGUGUCCCUGCAGUGGGUGUCUGUAGUUUCGCUGCAGAUGCUGUUGGAAGCGCUGUCAGGUCAUUUGAACGAGGUCCCAGAGGAUUCGGUUCAGGCUCUGGAUGUGAUCACGCGGCACCUUCCUUCUAUGAGAUACACUCCUGUGGGCCGGUCAUUCUUCUCUCCCCCCGAAGGAUACUACCAUCCACUAGGGGGCGGAAGAGAGGUGUGGUUCGGCUUCCAUCAGUCCGUCCGUCCAGCAAUGUGGAAUAUGAUGCUCAACAUUGAUGUUUCAGCCACUGCGUUUUACAGAGCUCAGCCAGUCAUCGAGUUCAUGUGUGAAGUAUUGGACAUCCAGAACAUAAACGAACAGACCAAACCACUCACAGACUCCCAGCGUGUCAAGUUCACAAAAGAAAUCCGAGGUCUCAAAGUGGAGGUCACACACUGUGGUCAGAUGAAGAGGAAGUAUCGCGUUUGCAACGUAACACGACGCCCGGCCAGCCACCAAACAUUUCCUCUGCAGUUGGAGAACGGACAGGCCAUGGAGUGCACCGUCGCCCAGUAUUUUAAACAGAAAUACAAUCUGCAGCUCAAAUACCCACAUUUACCCUGUCUGCAAGUGGGACAGGAGCAGAAGCACACUUACCUCCCCCUAGAGGUCUGUAACAUAGUGGCAGGCCAGCGCUGUAUAAAGAAACUGACCGAUAACCAAACCUCAACAAUGAUCAAAGCCACCGCUCGAUCUGCCCCUGACCGGCAAGAGGAGAUCAGCCGACUGGUCAAAAGUAACAGUAUGGUUGGGGGCCCAGACCCGUACCUUAAAGAGUUUGGUAUUGUGGUCCAUAAUGACAUGACUGAGGUGACGGGCCGUGUCCUCCCCGCACCCAUGCUGCAGUAUGGGGGGAGGGUGAGUACUGACUCUGGGCGGGACUGUGGCAGGGGUCUAUGUCCACAGAACAAAACUGUAGCGACUCCAAACCAGGGCGUGUGGGACAUGAGGGGCAAACAGUUCUACGCUGGCAUCGAGAUCAAGGUGUGGGCUGUGGCCUGCUUUGCUCCUCAGAAACAGUGCAGAGAAGACCUGCUCAAGAGUUUCACAGACCAGCUACGUAAGAUCUCAAAGGAUGCUGGGAUGCCGAUUCAGGGCCAGCCUUGCUUCUGUAAAUACGCCCAGGGAGCAGACAGUGUGGAGCCAAUGUUCAAACACCUCAAGAUGUCGUACGUGGGUUUGCAGCUCAUAGUGGUCAUCCUGCCUGGAAAAACUCCUGUGUAUGCUGAGGUCAAGCGCGUCGGGGACACUCUGUUGGGGAUGGCCACUCAGUGCGUUCAAGUGAAAAACGUAGUGAAGACAUCUCCUCAGACUCUGUCUAACCUCUGCCUCAAAAUCAACGCCAAACUCGGAGGAAUCAACAAUGUGCUGGUCCCACAUCAGAGACCGUCAGUGUUCCAGCAGCCGGUGAUUUUCCUGGGUGCAGAUGUCACACACCCCCCUGCUGGUGAUGGGAAAAAACCUUCGAUUGCAGCUGUGGUUGGGAGCAUGGAUGGGCAUCCAAGUCGAUACUGUGCCACCGUCCGAGUCCAGACCUCCCGACAGGACAUGUCUGGGGUAAAUGCUCCCAGUGCGGAGCAGUUGUUUAGUCAGGAGGUGAUCCAGGACCUCACAAACAUGGUGCGAGAGCUCCUCAUCCAGUUUUACAAAUCCACUCGAUUCAAACCAACGAGGAUCAUUUACUACAGAGGAGGAGUGUCCGAGGGGCAGAUGAAACAGGUGGCGUGGCCAGAGCUGAUCGCCAUAAGAAAAGCAUGCAUCAGUUUGGAGGAGGACUAUCGGCCCGGGAUCACAUACAUCGUCGUUCAAAAGAGGCACCACACAAGACUAUUCUGCUCGGACAAGGCCGAGAGGGUUGGGAAAAGUGGAAAUGUCCCAGCGGGCACCACAGUGGACAGCACCAUCACACACCCGUCUGAGUUUGACUUCUAUCUGUGCAGUCACGCAGGCAUCCAGGGCACGAGUCGUCCCUCUCACUACCACGUGCUUUGGGACGAUAACUGUUUUACUGCAGACGAGCUUCAGCUCCUCACAUACCAGCUGUGCCACACAUACGUCCGCUGCACGCGCUCAGUGUCCAUCCCCGCGCCCGCCUACUAUGCCCGUCUCGUGGCAUUCAGGGCCCGUUACCACCUCGUCGACAAGGACCACGACAGUGCGGAGGGGAGCCAUGUUUCUGGACAGAGCAACGGUCGGGACCCUCAGGCCUUGGCCAAAGCUGUUCAGAUCCACUACGACACCCAACACACCAUGUACUUCGCCUGAUGCCCCCCCCUCCUCUCUCUCUGCCUCCCUCCCUCUUUCUAUGGACUCUUCUUUUACCUUUAUCUUUUCCUUCACUCCCUCCUUUUUUCAUUUUCUUUCAAUGUUUUUGCGGCUUUCGAACAAUCUCCAACCAGCGUUCUUAAAAUACGCCGCAGUUUUGUCCUAAACUUUUUGUCAAACCAGCAAUCAAAGCACUGCGAAGCCUGAAUCUACCCAUCUAUAUAUAUACAAGUAUACAUGGUUUCCAAUGCACAAAUCAACAACUUUUAUUUACAAUCGAGCCAUUUAACUAUAUUUUUUUCUAUUUGAAUGUCUGCACUCUUUAAGUUUUGUAAGUUUGAUUUUCAGCGGCUUCACAGCUCGCCCAAGCUAAAGCAGGACUUACUCUCACUUACCUCAAAUGCUCGUAAAUGGGCAGAAAUCUAACUAAGUUUUAUGGGGUUAUACGUUGGUUGGGUGGUAGCGGGCAGGGAUUUUAAAACAAUAUAUUUUUUUCCUUUUUAAUGGUGUUUUAACUUCAAUAUUGAAAAGCGAGGUGAACUUGGGUCUUCACGCCCGACAUGCUAGCUCCUUUACCCUACGUUAGCCUACGUUAGCCCACUUUAGCCCUCUUUGUCUUUGUGAGAUUGACAGUGUAACAUGUGCGUCGUUUAUCAUUGUAAAUAAUGCCUCAUAUAUCCACGUACUGCUGUAUCGAAUGGUUGGUAAAGUUGUUUUUCUUCAUGGCAGGCCACUGAAUUGUAAAAAAAAAAAAAAAUAUUUGAUUUUUGGAAGCGAUAGAACUGCUGUAAAUGACUUUUGCUUUUAUAAAUUCACACAUGCAAGUACAGUACAGAUAGCAUAUAUUCUAUGAAACAUAUGAGCUUUGGACUUGGUUGGCGUGGUUCGGUGUAGCAACUCGUUUUGCUAAUUUUGGUGAAUAUUUUGUAAAUUUGGGGGGAAAAGUAACUUGCAUUUUCAAAACUGUUGGAGAUGACCGGUGGAGCAGACCUACAAGACUGCUCCUGUCUGCCAAAUGUGUAACUUAAAUAUUUGCUAGUUGUCCCCAAAUAGUACAAAAUAUAUGACCUUUUUAUUUUUAAUUUUCCACCAAGUUAUAUUUGAUAUGAUUCUUUCUGGUUACAGUGUUAAACCUCAUUGGAGCAACGAAUACAACAGUGACAAUAAUUUGGUUUUCAACAAGAUUUCAUAUUGUAAAUUGGACAGCCAACGGUAUUAAAUUUCUAACAUUGAAAAAAUACGGUCCAAUCCAAAAUCGCUAAUUUUUAGAUUGUUGAUGGUAAAAUGGUACAUUAUCCGUUCGGUUAUAGUUUAAAGGCCUUAUAACACAUUCCACAUUAGGCAAAAUUUUUGUCAAUGCCGUUUUCACCAUUUCUAAUUCUCAUUAUUAUUACGGGAGUUAAUCUUAAACUGUAACUUUUAUGUUUUGUUAUAUUUGAGGUUACAAUCGCAAUCUAAAUUCGAGCUCCUUUCAUUUAAACACUGAAACAUAUCUUUUUGCUUGGUUGAAACUUUACCUUUCAAAAUACAUCGACAUUUUAAUCGCACAUGGGCACAAAACCUCACAUUUUCGUAGAACUUUUAAGAGCCACAAUGAAUUUGAAAAUGGCUUUUAAAAUGUAAACGAAUGUAUUUUGAAUUGAAGUAACGGGUCACGUUGUGUAGCUAUCAGUGGUCUGCAUUGGGACCUAUAGAAAUGCAUUAUGGUCUUAAAAAUAACCCGACUUUUUCUUGUAUAGAGUUUUGGGCUUAAAAUCUUUGGACCUUAAACGUUUAUUUUACACAGCUGGAUUUUUUCUGUUGUAGACUUUAAAUUAGCAGAUCAUUUUUGUUGUUGUUGCGAUAUCUGGUCAAUUCAUUGCACUGAACGCAAGAGGGCGCUAUUUAGACGGCAAACCAGAGGGCACUCACAAUCUGUAACUUUAUGCAUUUAUACUUAACCAAUCAAGAAAGCAGAUUUGUAAAGUUUUAAUAUAAUAAAAAGUUUUUGUGGUUUUAAAAUCCUGUUUAGAAAUAGUAGUUUACAUCGAUGUUGUGUUGUUGUCAAUGUUAUAAUAUUGUGAUGACAUUUUACAAAAAGCCAGUUGGUUUUUAACAAUUUAAAAUUUAAGUUUUUUGCGAAGUCGAAAAGUAGAGCGCUUUUCUUGGUUGUUGAAGUUAAAGGCCCAUAUUACACUGUUCUCUGAUCUGUUCUAAUGUUUCCUCAUCACAAACAGACCUGGAGUUGUGUUUUGUUUCAUUCACACAUGUUUAACACACAAACCUGCAUAUUUAGACUGAGUUCUUAUGUGAUAAUACAGGAAGUGCUCCACUGCGUUUUUAAACUCCAUACUUCUUCACUAGAAUCAUUUGGAAAUUCCUGAAGUGAAAAUUAUCCAAUCUCUACUGAACUAAAAGCAACUGUCAACUUGAAAACUACCACUUCAUGACAUCACAAAGUGGAACAGAGCAUUUUGAGGUUUGGAGAUGUAGACAGACUAAUAAUAAAAUGUUACUCAAACAUGUGAGAAUGAAACAAAACACAACUCUAGGUCUGUUUUUGAUGAGGUAACAGCAUUAGAACAUAGAUUAAAGCUCACAAGAGUCAGUUUUGUGUAAUAUAGGACCUUUAAAGGUGCACUCUGUAACUUUUCCGAAGAGAGGGUCCUCCACCUGCUCGUCUCCUUAGAAAUUCUGGUUCGCCCACAAUGUUCCACUCUAGGGCUUUAAUCAAUGUAGUAAUGACACCUGGCCAAGUUACAGGUCAGAUCUGUGUAAAUAAGAAUGCAUGUUUUUCAAGAUAGAGUAAUUAAAAUGGCUCUGAUUGUGUGUGAACACAUGCAGGAUAGAUGAGUUUAAUGCCAUACUGUGGAACAUUCAACAAGGACCCCUCCAUAGAGAUGAGCAGCUGGCGGAUUCCUCAUUAGAAAAAUUCCAUAGUGUAACUUUAAAGACUGAAAACAGCAUAGCACUCCAGUAGUCGGUAAGAGAAUGGGGACAAUCAGAAAAAGGGUUGAUUGGAGCAGUUUGAAAAUGAAUUUUUAGACUUUUUAAACGCGGUUUCUAUUGCUGUGUAUAAAUAUGACCUACAACCUUUGAAAGAUUUUAACACUGGGAGAGUCUGGGGUACGUGUGGAUACAUUUAACAGAUUAUUUCAAAAUUAAAAACUAAUGAAUAAUUCAAAUGAGAUCUUACAAAAAUGCCCAAAUCUGAAGCCGUGAACAUAAUUAUGUCCUUUUACCAGUUUAACUGUAGCUGUUAUGUAUAUUCUUUGUCACAAAUGUUCAUCUGAAACGACUUUUGUGUUAAUUGACAGACAAGCCUCUAACGUCCUGUAGAGCUCAUGGCUUUGUUUUGGGUUUUAAGCAUUUUUUAGCAUUAUGUUAAUUAUGAUUUUUGUCUUUUUUACAUCUAAGAGAAACGAGUAGCUUUUUCCUUUGUCCUUGGUCUAUUGGUUUUCCAUUAUUUGGACAUUACAUUCACUGAACCGUUCUGAGCGCGUGCACACAUGCAGAGCAGGUUAUGUAAAACACUUUCUCCUCAGUGAAUGUCCUGAAGAGAAAUAGUUGACAUUAUGCUAAAACUAUAUUUGAUAAUGAGUAUCUCUUUAGGUCAGAUUUUGCUGCUUGAACAUCUAUUGUUAUUUUGUAAAAACGCAAUAAAUGUUCACACGUCUCCCGUUCUUCCCCUUUGUCAAAAUCUGUCUUCACUUUCAAGUCUCUACUGUUUAACUGUAUUCAUAUCUUUCACACUGGACUAAAUGCAGAUGCACUGCCUCGUUUCGGACCCUAAACCUCGUCAAACUUGAUGUUUUUCUAGAUUUUUAAAAGCAGUUCAAAAUGGCCGCCGCCCACGCCUCAUCAGGGGAGCUUCGCCCGAAUAAAAAACUUCUUUGUAAUAAACCGCCCAUGAAAUUCUAGGUUUAGUAUGAACAGGUUUGGGCACUGUCCUGGUGGGGGCGUGAGCGUACGGCGGCUUUUUAACAUGAUUUUAUUUGGACAAAGAAGAAUUUGUAUUUUUUUUUUUUUUUUUUUUUUUUUUGUUUUUUAAAAGGGUCAAUCUGGCAACGCAUGCAAUAAGUGAAACUGUGCACUAGUUUGAACCGCUCGCCUCUUAAAGCGGUGGUUUGUUCUAAGCUUCAUUAAAAAGCCCUGUCCGCACUGAUGCAGUUUACGGUUAAAAAGUGGAUGUUUUUAGGUGUUUUGGCAACAUCUGGUGGUGAUAAAGCAUUUUGAAUCCAGGUUUAAUUAAAAUGACACUUGGAGCAUUAAAACUUGUUUAAGAUUGUAAAGGCAGUGUUAGGUCUGAUGUAUUGUAGCUAUGGUCACCUUUUAUAAGACCGCACAUCCAAACGUUAAAUCUGGAACAUUUUAAUCAGUGACUUUUAUAUGAUGACUAAUUACAGUUUCAGAGAUGUGCUAACAAGAUCUAUAAUUAUUUCAAUGCUAUAACAAUUUCAAAGUCUAAACAUUAGUGCAAAACUUGAGCCCUUCUUCAGUACGAGCGCUCAUUAUGUCCUCUCCAGGCAUCCUUACCAUCACACCGAUACUUUGCAGUGAUGUCACACUGGGGGUGUUCUGCAUGUAUGUUCAGCAGUUACCAUGGAGACACAAUGCACACAUUAAGUUUUAAGAUUAUCUGAAAACUCAAGAAAAAAUAUCCAAACUGUAUUUAAAGAGCAAUUUUCAGAUGCCUAUGAUCAAUGUUCAUGGUCCUGUUUAGGAGUUUGAUUUUACACAUAAAGGUGAGUGUGACUAACUGUAAAAACUGUUAGCUAAUGCUAGCUAGCCUGUGACUGUAAUGUUAUUUGAGAGGGACUUGUUUAACAGCACAAAUCAGCUCACCUGUUGUAGUUCAGAUAAGUCGGUUCUUUAUGGUCACAUUGUGUUAAAAUAAAACUCAGACUGAAGUCCAACUUGAGUGACAGAGCUUCAGACAGAGCAGUGCCUACAGUUAGCUUCACCCUCCCAUAGAAUAUUGAUGACAUCAGCUGCAAAGUAUCAAAAAAUGCAAUGCAAAAUGUAACUUGGAUCAGCAGAAAUGACUAAACCAAUAUGCCAUGUAUAUAAGAGAUGUGCUCCUUUUGUCCUGUCCAGGUACCUGUAGCAUCUUUAUUCAGUUCUAUACAACUUCAUGUGAUCGUUGACUUAUUUAGUGUCUGAUUUGUUUAAUUAAAUUGCCAAAUGAUGUUGAGAAGAGCUCUUAAAAAUGUAUAUCACCGUUUUCAUAAUUGGCUGGUACAGAAUGAAACAUGGGGGUAUUGCUAACAGACUAGUUUACGUGCUAAGAGACUGGAUUAAGUGACAUGGAUUAGUGUAGUGGCACAUUUUUAAAGUCAGAAUCAGUUUUCCAAAUGAUCAAAUUCUGAAAGUGAAACCUAAUCAUUUUUAACCUUGAGCUGCAUAAGUUUGGACAAGGCUCGUCUCAAAAAGCUACGACCUGUGUUCCAUUUUUGAAGCAAUAUCCCCUGUUUUUCAAAUGUUUUAAAAGAAGCUAUAAUUCUACUCAUUGUGAUCUGUUGUCAGUCUAUUCUCGCGAUUGUGUCUGUAUUUUUUAUUUGAAUAUGUUUUAUUUUUAUUUGCUUGUAUCAAUCAGUGGGACUGUGCAUUCUGGUGGUAGUUAUAGAGCCUUUUCAGUUCAUUGUAACAUAUUAUUGCUCGCAUGCAUGCCCAAGUAUCGUCAUUUUUGACCAAGGAUAAAAUCUAAAAAAAACAUUUUGAAAUCCAUAUUACGAGAAAAUUCAUGUUUUUUUAAAAGGUGGAGUUUUAAAUGUUUAUCAAUUUUAACGUUUUAGCAUUUAGCAAUAUCUGUCCAAGUAUUUUAACCAAUUGUCUGAAAUUUUGAAGGUACAAACAAACCAGCGUCUCAUUUUAUUCCCGGAAAUGUGAGUUUUCAUCUUUUGCGCUCGGUUCGUGUCAAAACGAGGUACUUUUCUUCACUUUCGAACCCGUUAAAGACCAAAAUCACCUUUCCGCCAUUUUGCUGGCGCUUAACGACCACUUUUGGCGGCCAUUUUAGGUCAGACGUUUGUACCUUCAACCAGCUAACUUCUAAAAUGGAGUUUACCUCUUUUUAACCUUUUUAAAAUCGUCCACAAAUCUCCCCAAACGGCAUGGCUUGUUUUUCAAACCCCCCUCACUUUGAUAAUAUUUGUGUAUUGUGAUUUCUUUUUCUUUUUUUUUCUUUUUGUUUCUUCUCGUUGGGUUAUUCUCUUUAGUGGUCUCUACGCUGUGUGUGCUUGUCUCAUAGCAAUAGUUUCACAGUGUCUGAAAGUGUAUCCAAUAUGACGCUUUCGGACUUUGUGAAUAGAGUGGAGUUCUUCCUGGAUGUUGGAAAAGGGGGAGGGGUUCAUAGUUUUGGCCCCUCCCCCUGCUGCAGAAGACCAUUCACGUGUUUAUUAUUGCUAUUCUGUGACAUGUUCAUAUAUUUUUUUUUUUUAGCCUGCAGGGAAUUCUUGUGUUAAUGUGCAAAGUAAUAAACUGGUAUUUUAUGCCCAUAAA